AACAAGGAACGACCACACCCAGCCUGCACAUUGCAGUCCGUCCUAUCAUCAUUUGAACAUCUCUUUACUGAAAAGUGACAAAAUGCCUGCCGCCCCUAAGCAGCGGAAAAUAGCUAUUGUUGGCAGUCGAUCUGUGGGCAAAUCCUCUCUCACGGUUCGCUUUGUGGAGCAUCAUUUUGUAGAAAGCUAUUACCCGACAAUUGAAAAUACGUUCAGUCGAAUCAUAAAAUACAACGGCCAAGAUUUCGCAACAGAAAUUGUCGAUACAGCUGGCCAAGACGAAUACAGCAUUCUAAACUCCAAGCAUUUCAUUGGAAUCCAUGGUUAUAUCAUCGUGUACUCGGUGACAUCUCGCCAGUCUUAUGACACGGUGAGGGUUAUUCGAGAUAAAAUAUUAAAUCAUCUUGGAGCCGACUAUGUUCCUCUUGUGGUUGUUGGGAAUAAGAGUGACCUCAAAUCCGAACAACGGCAGGUCUCUCUAGAUGAAGGCAGGCAAUUAGGAGAGCAAUUCAAUUGUGCAUUCACUGAGGCCAGUGCUCGCCUUGACUACAAUGUGGGAAAGGCCUUUGAGUUGAUGAUUGGUGAAAUUGAGAAAUCACAAAACCCUUCACAACCAACAGGGGGAAAUAAGUGCGCUAUUAUGUGACAUUGAGCCGGAGAUUCAGGGAGACAUUACAGACAUAUGAGCAAAGGGCAACAAUCCUUGUCAUAUAACCCAGAGCCUGCUAAUGAUGCUCUAUUCUCUGAGGAGGACAGCUGUUGCUACUUAGAAUUCCCAUGUCACGAAUUGUCUGCUCGCUUGAAAUAACAAUGCCUGUCUCCUUUGCCUUUUUCGAAUUCCUUCAGCUUGGGCCUGCAUUUGUGGUCUCACUUCAUCGAGCUCAUUCCCCAUAUUAUAUGAUGUACACCUCUUACAUGUUUCUUUCUUUUGUUUCCCCUUUUAUGAAUGUCAAAUUCGGGUGCAGGGUAAUAAUCAUAUUGAUAAUCUCAAAAUUUUAAUAAAGCAUUGACUAUGUCUUAAUGAGAGUAUGAGAAGCUUGGGAUAGGUCGGAAGACGGUCCAGGUAUC